CACAUGGCUACUGCUACCCUUAUCUUACAGCCUUAGCUUACCUCAAAUUCAAUGGCAUUCAUUUCCACUACCCCACUAUCCGUCAAAUCUCUUAACCUUUCUUCUUCUUCUUCUUCUUCUUCUUCUUCUUCUUCAAAGGCUCCCCAUCACCUACAAUCUUUCUCAAAGCCAUUACGGGUAUUUUGUCAUAUCAAUUCUGAAAAGGAAGGAUUAAUUCUUGAUUGUUCCUACACUGCAAAACCCGGCAACUGGAGAACCUUUGUUUCAACUGCAUUGGCAGCUGCAGUUGUUGCAUGUAGCUCCGACAUCUCUGCUCUUGCUGAUCUAAAUAAAUAUGAGGCAGAAACUCGUGGCGAAUUCGGGAUAGGAUCAGCUGCCCAAUUUGGUUCUGCAGAUCUCAGGAAAGCAGUACAUGCGAACGAAAAUUUCAGAAGAGCAAAUUUCACUGCUGCCGAUAUGAGAGAAUCUGAUUUCAGUGGUUCAACCUUCAAUGGUGCAUACCUUGAGAAAGCAGUUGCAUAUAAGGCUAAUUUUACAGGUGCGGAUUUAAGCGACACACUGAUGGAUCGCAUGGUACUUAAUGAAGCUAAUCUCACAAAUGCUGUGCUGGUUAGGACAGUUUUAACUCGGAGUGAUCUUGGGGGUGCUAUUAUUGAUGGAGCUGAUUUCAGUGAUGCUGUUCUGGAUCUUCCACAGAAGCAGGCUCUUUGCAAGUAUGCAAGCGGAACAAAUCCCGUUACAGGGGUAAGCACCAGAAAAAGCUUAGGUUGUGGAAAUAGUCGAAGAAAUGCUUAUGGUAGCCCCUCCUCUCCUCUAAUUAGUGCUCCACCUCAGAAACUGCUUGAUCGGGAUGGUUUCUGUGACUCAGACACUGGUCUUUGUGAAGCAAAGUAAUUUUGAAAACUGCUGUUGUGCCAACAUCUGAUAUAUGUACAUAGAUACAUCAAGGAGAAGUGCAAUCAAAUGACGUUUUUCCCUUGAAA